AUGACUGUAGGAACCAAACUUUCAUCUACGAUUGAUCCAGUGAUGAAUCUAUCCCAACGAGGUCUCAGUAUGGAAGAAAAAGAUGCAUUAAUCGGUGGUCUCAGUUAUGUGUUUCCAACAGACAGAUUUGAUGAAGAAACGUUCAUAGCCAAUGUGGAAACACUCUUCGUCUCGUUGGUUGGCUACUGUACGGAGUCUCAUGAUUCGAAAGAAAAGGAGACCGACGAAGAAAUUAUGUGCAAUCGGACGCCACAACAACUUACGUACGCUACGAAGCUGAGGUCGAUGUCGGAUUCUUUCUGGCGACGUUCGAAAAGAGAACCUUUGGUAAUAGACAAACAAUCGUUAAUGAUGAACAGAGUGCUUCGGGAACUUGGAAAAGAUAAGACGAUCUGUGUCACACACUCUGACAAGGGUAAGGGGGUUAUUAUCAUGAACCGAUGUGAUUACGGUAAAAAAAUGAAUGACAUAUUGAAUGCUACAUCAACGUUUCGCCCUAUUGAUGGAGAUCCGACAUUGAUCAAAGAAGAUAAUCUCAUUCGUUCAUUGUUGCGUAUGGAAAAACGUGGCUUCAUUUCUCCGGAUGAACAUAUGCGUAUGUAG